CCUGGGCCUGCCCUUCACCCUCUACAUGGCCCUUCCUUCUUCCAUGAUUAUAGUAGCAGUUUAUUGUCCUGUGAUAGCUGCCGUUUUCAUUGUUCUGAAGAUGGUCAACUAUCGACUACACAGAGCCCUUGAUGCCGGAGAAGUUGUAGAUAGGAAUGCAAAUGAGUUCACAGAUCAGCGAGCCAAAGCUGAGCAAGGCAACUGUUCAACCAGGAGAAAAGACAGCAACGGACCGAGUGAUCCUGGUGGAGGGAUUGAAAUGUCUGAGUUCAUUCGAGAGGCCACACCGCCAGUUGGUUGCAGUUCAAGAAAUUCUUAUGCGGGUCUGGAUCCAAGCAACCAGAUUGGAUCUGGCUCCUCUCGUCUUGGAACAGCAGCAACUAUUAAAGGAGAUACAGACACUGCUAAGACUUCUGAUGAUAUCAGUUUAAGUCUGGGCCAGAGCUCUAGUCUUUGUAAGGAAGGAAGUGAAGAACAAGAUUUGGCAACUGAUCGGAAGCUCUUUCGUCUGGUCUCCAAUGACUCCUUCGUCUCCAUUCAGCCUUCCUUAUCCUCUUGUGGACAGGACUUACCAAAGGACGUCAGUGACAAAGUGAGCCUGCCAAGUCAUAGCCACCACCACCACAUUGAUCAGUCUCUGUCCAAUGCCUGUGACACAGAAGUAGCUUCUCUUGUACCUUUACAUUCACACUCUUAUAGGAAAGAUCACCGGCCACGAGGUGUACCACGGACCUCUAGCUCUGCUGUGGCUUUUCCUGACACUUCACUGAAUGACUUCCCUCUUUAUCAGCAAAGACGUGGGUUAGAUCCAGUUAGUGAGUUAGAAUCUUCCAGACCUCAUUCUGGAUCCAAAGAAUCCUUGGUGGAAAAUUCUUGUUUAUCUGGGGAAUUUCAGCUUGCUGGUGACUUGAGAAAGAGUAAUUCUCAGCCACCCACAAAAAGUGGGAAGAGCAAACCUCUGAAAGCAGACAAAAGCGUGGACAGCUUGAGGAGCCUGAGUACACGGAGUAGUGGGUCAACAGAGAGCUACUGCAGUGGGACAGACCGGGACACCAACAGUACUGUCAGCAGCUAUAAAAGUGAGCAGACCAGCUCAACUCACAUAGAGAGCAUCUUGUCAGAGCACGAGGAGUCUCCUAAAGUAGGAAUGAAGAGUGGCAGGAAAAAAGAGUGCUGCGCUGACCCAGAAGAGAAGAGUAGCUGUCCCAGUGACAAAAGGACUUGCAGUGAAAAGACUGUGGUGGAAGUGAGUGCAAACGGUGGGGCUCCCGAGGCCAAGGACUCCAACACCUCGGAAGAGAUGCACAGCCAGAGGAAGCUGAGCACCUCUGCCUCUGAAGAAGCCAAUACAAAUCCCCAUGCAAACGAGGUUACUUCCCAGGGGGACAGACCACAUGCAAACACAGUGGAAAAUAAAGAGGAGCAGAGUGAUAAGUCAGCUGUUUCAGUGGAUUCAAAAGUGUGUAAAGAUGUUGGCGGAAAGCAAAAGGAAGGGGAUGUCCGACCUAAAUCUUCUAGUGUAAUCCACCGGACAGCCUCUGCCCACAAGCCAGGCAGGAGACGGACAGGAAAAAAGCGGGCCAGCAGUUUUGAUUCUAGUCGGCAUAGGGACUAUGUUUCCUUUCGAGGUGUUUCUGGUACCAAACCACAUAGUGCUAUAUUUUGUCAUGAUGAGGACUCCAGUGAUCAAAGUGACUUGAGUAGAGCAUCAAGUGUUCAGUCUGCUCACCAGUUCAGCAGCGACAGCUCUUCUAGCACCACUUCUCAUUCCUGUCAGUCUCCUGAGGGCAGGUACAGUGCUCUCAAGACCAAACAUACUCAUAAAGAAAGGGGAACUGACUCUGACCACACACACAAAGCUCAUUUGGGUCCUGAAGGAACUGGCAAAAAGCGAGCAACACGUCGGACUUCCAGCACAAAUAGUGCCAAGACUCGUGCCCGAGUGUUGAGCUUGGACAGUGGCACGGUAGCGUGUUUGAAUGACUCAAACAGGCUAAUGGCACCUGAGAGUAUAAAACCCUUAACCACUUCCAAAUCAGAUCUUGAGGCCAAAGAGGGAGAGGUGCUAGAUGAGCUAUCUUUACUGGGACGGGCUUCCCAGUUAGAGACAGUCACUCGAUCUAGGAAUAGCUUGCCAAGCCAGGUUGCAUUUCCUGAAGUGGAGGAGCAAGAUGCAGUCAGUGGAGGUAAGUUCUCUUCUACGAUCUAUGAGACUGGUGGCUGUGAUAUGUCACUUGUGAAUUUUGAACCAGCAGCAAGAAGAGCAUCUAAUAUCUGUAACUCUUGAAUUUGUGAUUUGCCUGAAGACAUUUUAAGCCUUUCAAUGCUGACUUUCUUUUAGCUCUCUCUCCCACAGAUUCGAUUGAAUAGACUAUUGACCAUUGAUACAGAUUUGUUGGAGCAACAGGACAUUGAUCUAAGCCCUGACUUGGCAGCUACUUAUGGUCCAACAGAAGAAGCUGCCCAAAAGGUUAAACACUAUUAUCGCUUCUGGAUCCUACCCCAACUGUGGAUCGGCAUUAACUUUGACAGACUGACACUUUUGGCCUUGUUUGAUAGAAAUCGUGAGAUCCUGGAAAAUGUAUUAGCUGUCAUCCUGGCUAUUCUUGUGGCUUUUUUGGGAUCUAUUCUUCUCAUCCAAGGCUUCUUCAGAGAUAUCUGGGUCUUCCAGUUCUGCCUGGUCAUAGCCAGCUGUCAAUACUCGCUACUUAAGAGUGUUCAACCAGAUUCUUCUUCUCCCAGACAUGGUCAUAAUCGUAUCAUUGCCUACAGUAGACCAGUUUAUUUCUGUUUAUGUUGUGGACUUAUUUGGCUCUUGGAUUAUGGUAGUAGAAACCUGACUGCAAACAAGUUCAAAUUAUAUGGAAUAACUUUCACCAAUCCACUGGUGUUUAUAUCAGCCAGGGAUUUAGUUAUAGUGUUUACACUCUGUUUCCCAAUAGUAUUUUUCAUUGGUCUCCUGCCUCAGGUGAAUACAUUUGUAAUGUACCUUUGUGAACAAUUGGAUAUUCAUAUCUUUGGUGGUAAUGCCACUACAAGCCUACUUGCAGCACUUUACAGUUUUAUCUGCAGCAUUGUGGCAGUAGCUUUAUUAUAUGGAUUGUGUUAUGGAGCUUUAAAGGAUUCUUGGGAUGGCCAGCAUAUUCCAGUACUUUUCUCCAUUUUUUGUGGUUUGUUAGUGGCAGUAUCCUAUCAUCUCAGUCGACAAAGCAGUGAUCCAUCUGUACUUUUUUCUUUGGUGCAAUCCAAGAUUUUUCCAAAAACAGAAGAGAAAAAUCCAGAAGACCCUCUAUCUGAAGUAAAAGAUCCACUGCCUGAAAAACUUAGAAAUUCUGUUGGUGAGCGUUUACAGUCUGACCUAGUAGUAUGCAUUGUAAUUGGUGUGCUGUAUUUUGCUAUUCAUGUAAGCACAGUCUUCACAGCAUUGCAGCCUGCUCUCAAGUAUGUGUUGUAUGCACUGGUUGGCUUUGUGGGGUUUGUAACCCAUUAUGUACUGCCUCAAGUUAGAAAACAACUACCGUGGCACUGUUUCUCUCAUCCUCUGCUAAAGACAGUGGAGUAUAACCAAUAUGAAGUUCGAAAUGCAGCCACUAUGAUGUGGUUUGAGAAACUUCAUGUGUGGCUUCUUUUUGUGGAGAAGAAUAUCAUCUAUCCAUUGAUUGUUCUUAAUGAACUUAGUAGCAGUGCCGAGAAAAUUGCUAGUCCAAAAAAAUUGGAUACAGAAUUAGGUGCUUUAAUGAUCACCGUUGCUGGUUUGAAGUUGCUACGAUCCUCAUUUAGCAGCCCUACAUAUCAAUAUGUCACAGUCAUCUUUACUGUGCUCUUUUUCAAAUUUGACUAUGAAGCCUUUUCAGAGACCAUGCUUUUGGAUCUCUUCUUCAUGUCCAUACUCUUCCACAAGCUUUGGGAACUCCUUUAUAAAUUGCAGUUCGUGUAUACCUACAUUGCCCCGUGGCAGAUUACAUGGGGUUCUGCCUUCCAUGCUUUUGCUCAACCCUUUGCAGUGCCCCAUUCAGCCAUGUUGUUUAUUCAGGCUGUCGUGUCGGCCUUCUUCUCUACUCCACUGAACCCUUUUCUGGGAAGUGCAAUAUUCAUCACUUCAUACGUUCGACCUGUGAAAUUCUGGGAGAGAGACUAUAAUACAAAGCGAGUGGAUCAUUCAAAUACCAGAUUGGCUUCCCAGCUUGAUAGAAAUCCAGGAUCAGAUGACAACAAUCUGAAUUCCAUCUUUUAUGAACAUUUAACUAGAUCCCUGCAACACAGUCUCUGUGGUGAUUUGCUACUAGGACGGUGGGGAAACUACAGUACAGGGGACUGUUUCAUCCUUGCCUCUGACUAUCUGAAUGCAUUAGUACACCUCAUAGAGAUAGGCAAUGGUCUGAUCACUUUCCAGCUGCGGGGACUUGAAUUCAGAGGAGAUUUCCGUAUUUCUUCAAUUCGAGAUGAAUGGAUCUUUGCUGACAUGGAAUUGCUAAGAAAAGUAGUCGUCCCUGGAAUCCGUAUGUCCAUUAAACUUCAUCAGGUGAAUAAGGAAUGUGUCCGAGGUCUCUGGGCAGGGCAACAGCAGGAGCUUGUUUUUCUACGUAACCGUAACCCAGAGAGAGGUAGCAUCCAAAAUGCAAAGCAAGCCCUGAGAAACAUGAUAAACUCAUCUUGUGACCAACCUAUUGGCUACCCAAUCUUUGUCUCACCCCUGACAACUUCUUAUUCUGACAGCCAUGAACAGCUUAAAGAUAUUCUUGGGGGACCUAUCAGCUUGGGAAAUAUCAGAAACUUCAUAGUGUCAACCUGGCACAGGCUAAGGAAAGGUUGUGGAGCCGGAUGUAACAGUGGUGGCAACAUUGAGGAUUCUGAUGCUGGAGGUGGAACUUCCUGCACUGGUAACAAUGCUACCACUGCCAAUGAUCCCCACAGCAACGUGUCCCAGGGCAGCACUGGGAAUCCCGGGCAAGGAUCAGGAGCAGGACUCCAUCCACCUGUCACAUCUUACCCCCCAGCGCUAGGCACCAGCCACAGCUCUCACUCCGUGCAGUCAAGCCUGGUCAGACAGUCCCCUGCCCGGGCCUCAGUAGCCAGCCAGUCUUCCUACUGCUACAGCAGCCGGCAUUCGUCUCUCCGCAUGUCCACCACGGGAUUUGUGCCUUGUCGGCGCUCUUCCACCAGUCAAAUUUCACUUCGAAACUUGCCGUCAUCCAUCCAGUCCCGCCUGUCUAUGGUCAACCAGAUGGAGCCCUCCAGUCAGAGCGGCAUAGCCUGUGUGCAGCAUGGCCUCCCCUCUUCCAGCAGCUCCAGCCAAAGCAUCCCAGCCUGCAAACAUCACACUCUCGUGGGCUUUCUUGGGACAGAGGGAGGUCAGAGCAGUGCCACUGAUGCACAGCCAGGCACCACCUUAAGUCCCGCCAAUAAUUCACACACCAAAAAGGGGGAAGUGAUUUAUAGAGUCCAAAUUGUGGAUCCCAGUCAAAUUCUGGAAGGGAUCAACCUAUCAAAAAGGAAAGAACUACAGUGGCCUGAUGAGGGAAUUCGGUUAAAAGCUGGGAGAAAUAGCUGGAAAGACUGGAGUCCUCAGGAGGGCAUGGAAGGCCAUGUGAUUCACCGAUGGGUGCCUUGCAGCAGAGAUCCAGGUACUAGAUCCCACAUCGACAAGGCAGUGCUUCUGGUCCAGAUUGAUGAUAAAUAUGUGACUGUAAUUGAAACUGGGGUACUAGAACUUGGGGCUGAAGUGUGAGCCAGUGUUUUAUAACUACAUUUCUUUUUCCCUCUCAAUUCCAAGACGUUGGAAAGAGAGGAGCAAGCAGAAGAUGCCCGCAGGUAUCACUUCGAUCCUCUGUGGGAGAGGCUUGAAAACAGUGAGCUUGGUUCAGCACCUCUCCUUUGCCGUUCACCCUGGCGCCUGUCACUGUCUCCAUCCCCAAAUAAAGCUGAAUAUUUUUUUAAGUUAGCUGCCAAGAAAA